AUGAUCCAGGAAAUAGAAGUUACAAAUGAAGAAAGCCCUGACUUAGACAUAGGUAGUGAAGUUAUUUUAAUGGAUGAAGAAAUUAUAGAAGAAUAUAAUAUAGUAGACGAGACAAGUGGUGAUUUAAAGGGCGAGACGACUGAGAAGUGUACAGGCAAGGGAGACAUUGAAGUCUCGAAAAUAAAAGAGGGCACAUAUUGUGUCUUUAGAGGAGAGGGUAGUUUAUUCCUAGGAAGGAAAGAAAAAUUGUGCGCAACCAAACAUAAUCAUGCCAAGCGUUACGCCGUCCACGGCGAAGAACAGAAACGCGCUGAUGUAGAUGCUUAG